AGAGCUUUGCAUCAAAUCUCGCCUUGGUCGUCGCUGCGCAAAAUUCCGCGCGACCGGCUUCUAUUUCAUCACCGGAAUCCCGCGACAAACACCUAUCUCCCGCCCUGACCCUAUACAAAAGGAGUCAGAAGUGGAAGCGCGUCGAAACAGGCGCGACGGCGUGAAGCCUUCGACAGGCAGCUCCACGAUCAUCGACAUUUGAGCGCAUCGCGAAGCCAUCAUGUCGCAGCCCCCUCCGCCGCCUCCUCCGGGCUGGGGUCCUCCCCCUCCUCCACCUCCUUCGUCCUCGCUGCCGCCACCCCCAUCGACGCCUGCGCCUCCUCCUCCAGGCUAUCGCCCCCCGACCGACCCCCAGAUCGCAAAGUUCGCACAGAAGAAGAAGGAAUGGCUUCGGACCCAGCGCAACCGCUUCGGCGAGAAGCGCAAGGGAGGCUUCGUUCAGUCGCAAAAGGCGGAUAUGCCACCUGAGCAUCUGCGAAAGAUCGUCAAGGACAUUGGUGAUGUGUCGCAGAAGAAGUACACAAACGACAAGCGAAGCUACCUGGGAGCCCUCAAGUUCAUGCCCCAUGCGGUCUUGAAGCUUCUCGAGAACAUGCCCAUGCCGUGGGAAUCCGCACGCGAAGUGAAGGUCCUCUACCACGUGAACGGCUGCCUGACCCUGGUCAACGAAAUUCCUCGAGUCAUCGAACCAGUAUUCUUUGCACAGUGGGCAAUGAUGUGGACGUUCAUGCGAAAGGAGAAGGCUGAUCGAAGGUUGUUCAAGCGCAUGCGAUUCCCACCCUUUGACGACGAAGAACCUCCACUGUCGUGGUCCGAGAACAUUGAGGACGUGGAGCCCCUUGAGCCCAUUCAGAUGGAGCUGGACGAAGAUGACGACGAGGCCGUAUACGAGUGGUUCUAUGACCACCGACCUUUGAUGGACACCCCCCACAUCAAUGGACCCAGCUACAAGUCUUGGAACCUCACCUUGCCCCAGAUGGCUACGCUCUUCCGUCUCAGUCGACCUCUCGUCUCCGAUGUUGUGGAUAAGAACUACUUCUAUCUCUUCGAACUCAAGAGUUUAUUGUCAGCCAAGGCGCUCAACGUGGCCCUGCCUGGUGGCCCCCGAUUCGAGCCUCUGUACAAGGAUAUUGACCCUAACGACGAGGACUUUGGCGAGUUCAAUGCGAUCGACCGCAUCAUCUUCCGAAACCCGAUCCGAACGGAAUUCCGGGUCGCAUUCCCAUACCUCUACAACUCCCUACCGAGAAGCGUGCACCAGUCGUGGCACUCACACCCUCAGGUUGUCUUCAACCGAGCCGAUGACCCCGAUCUCCCAACCUUCCACUUUGACCGCCGUAUCAACCCUAUCUCGUCGCGAACGGUUGCAUCCAAGAACGUCGAGGUGUCACACGAGGAUGAAUUGUUCGGCCCUGGAAAUAAUGAGGAGCCCGAGGAGGAUGCUUUUGAGCUUCCCGCGGGUGUCCAACCAUUCCUCGACGAGGAGGAGCUGGAGAACGAGCUCACAUCUUCAGCAGUUGAGCUGUGGUGGGCUCCAUUCCCCUUCGAUCGACGAUCAGGACAAAUGGUUCGAGCUCAGGAUGUUCCUCUGGUUAAGCAGUGGUAUCUGGAGCAUGCUCCUUCUGAUCGACCCCCAGUCAAGGUCCGAGUUUCAUACCAAAAGUUGCUGAAGAACUACGUUCUCAAUGAGCUCCACAAGAAGACGCCCAAAGCCCAGAACAAGCAGAACCUGCUGAAGUCUUUGAAGCAAACCAAGUUCUUCCAGCAAACUACCAUUGACUGGGUGGAGGCUGGUCUGCAAGUGUGUCGACAGGGUUUCAACAUGCUGAACCUCCUGAUCCAUCGCAAGAACCUUACGUACCUUCAUCUUGAUUACAACUUCAACUUGAAGCCCGUUAAGACCCUUACCACCAAGGAGCGAAAGAAGUCUCGAUUCGGAAAUGCGUUCCAUCUGAUGCGUGAAAUCUUGAGGUUGACGAAGCUGAUUGUUGAUGCUCAAGUUCAAUAUAGACUGGGCAACAUUGAUGCUUUCCAGCUUGCUGAUGGUAUCCUGUAUGCCUUCAACCACGUCGGUCAGCUCACCGGUAUGUACCGAUACAAGUACAAGUUGAUGCACCAGAUCCGAACAUGCAAAGAUCUCAAGCAUCUCAUCUACUACCGAUUUAACUCUGGGCCUGUUGGAAAGGGACCCGGUUGUGGUUUCUGGGCCCCUGCGUGGAGAGUGUGGCUAUUCUUCAUGCGAGGUAUCAUUCCCCUCCUUGAGAGAUGGUUGGGAAACCUUCUGUCCCGUCAAUUUGAGGGUCGACACAGCAAGGGCGUUGCAAAGACUGUUACCAAGCAGCGUGUGGAGUCCCACUUCGAUCUGGAACUCCGCGCGUCCGUCAUGGCUGACUUGAUGGACAUGAUGCCCGAGGGUAUCAAGCAAAACAAGGUCAACACCGUUCUCCAGCAUCUUUCCGAGGCAUGGAGAUGCUGGAAGAGUAAUAUCCCCUGGAAGGUUCCUGGCCUGCCGGCACCUAUCGAGAAUAUCAUCCUUCGAUACGUCAAGUCCAAGGCUGAUUGGUGGGUCUCUGUCGCUCACUACAACCGUGAGCGUAUUCGCCGAGGAGCUACGGUCGAUAAGACCGUGGCGAAGAAGAAUGUUGGCCGUUUGACCCGACUUUGGUUGAAGGCUGAGCAGGAACGACAGCACAACCACAUGAAGGAUGGUCCUUAUGUCUCAUCUGAGGAGGCUGUUGCCAUCUACACCACCACUGUUCACUGGCUGGAGUCGCGCAAGUUUUCUCCCAUUCCUUUCCCCAGUGUGUCAUACAAGCACGACACCAAGAUCCUGAUCCUUGCUCUGGAGCGACUCAGAGAGGCCUACUCAGUUAAGGGCCGUCUCAACCAGAGCCAGCGAGAAGAGUUGGCCUUGAUUGAGCAGGCAUAUGAUAGUCCCGGAACUACUCUCGAGCGAAUCAAGCGCUUUUUGCUCACCCAGCGAGCUUUCAAGGAGGUCAACAUCGACAUGAACGACAACUACAGCACCAUCAACCCCGUUUACGACAUCGAGCCCAUCGAGAAGAUCAGCGAUGCUUACUUGGACCAGUACCUCUGGUAUCAGGCUGACCAGCGACAUCUCUUCCCCGCAUGGAUCAAGCCAUCCGAUUCCGAGGUUCCCCCAUUGUUGGUGUACAAGUGGGCCCAGGGCAUUAACAACUUGGGUGGUGUGUGGGAGUCAGAGAACGGAGAGUGCAACGUCAUGAUUCAGACCGAGCUCUCCAAGGUCUACGAGAAGAUGGAGCUCACCCUACUCAACUCUCUCCUCCGGUUGAUCAUGGAUCACAACUUGGCUGAUUAUAUCACUGCCAAGAACAACGUUCAACUCACCUACAAGGAUAUGAACCAUGUCAACAGUUAUGGUAUGAUCCGAGGUCUCCAGUUCUCGGCAUUCGUGUUUCAGUACUACGGCCUUGUCCUGGAUCUUUUGCUCCUUGGUCCCCAGCGAGCCAGCGAGAUUGCUGGACCUCCCCAAAGCCCCAACGAUUUCUUGCAGUUCCGCGACCGCGAAACGGAGACUAGACACCCGAUUCGUCUGUACACUCGAUACAUUGACAAGAUUUGGAUCUUCCUUCGAUUUACCGCUGAAGAGUCGAGAGAUCUCAUUCAACGCUUCCUCACGGAGCAACCGGAUCCUAACUUCGAGAACGUCAUUGGCUACAAGAGCAAGAAGUGCUGGCCCAGAGAUUCUCGCAUGCGCUUGAUGCGACACGAUGUUAACCUGGGCCGAGCCGUCUUCUGGGACAUCAAGAACCGCCUUCCCCGAUCAGUCACUACAAUUGAUUGGGAUGACAGCUUCGCCAGUGUAUACAGCCGUGACAACCCCAACCUGCUGUUCUCGAUGGCUGGCUUUGAGGUCCGCAUCUUGCCCAAGAGUCGAAACCAGAACGAGGAGUUCCCAGUCAAGGACAGCGUCUGGUCACUCGUCGACAACACUACCAAGGAGCGAACAGCACACGCCUUCCUGCAAGUUACUGAGGAGGAUAUUCAGAAGUUUAACAACCGAAUUCGACAAAUCCUUAUGUCUUCAGGCUCCACCACCUUCACUAAGAUCGCCAAUAAGUGGAACACCGCUUUGAUCGCCCUCUUCACGUACUACCGAGAAGCUGCUGUGUCUACCGUUGACCUGCUUGACACGAUCGUCAAGUGCGAGACGAAGAUUCAGACCCGAGUGAAAAUUGGACUGAACUCCAAAAUGCCUUCGCGUUUCCCCCCUGCUGUCUUCUACACCCCGAAGGAGCUCGGUGGCCUUGGUAUGAUUUCUGGCUCUCACAUCUUGAUCCCUGCCAGUGACAAGCGCUGGUCGAAGCAAACCGACACUGGCGUCACUCACUACCGUGCUGGUAUGACUCAUGACGAGGAGACUUUGAUCCCCAAUAUCUUCCGUUAUAUCAUCCCCUGGGAGGCAGAGUUUAUUGACUCUCAGCGAGUCUGGACAGAGUACUCGCAGAAGCGUCUUGAGGCUAAUCAGCAGAACCGUCGUUUGACCCUCGAGGAUCUUGAGGACAGUUGGGAUCGCGGUUUACCCCGUAUCAACACCCUGUUCCAAAAGGAUCGAAGCACCCUAAGUUUCGACAAAGGAUUCCGGGCCCGAGCUGAGUUUAAAAUUUACCAGCUGAUGAAGAGUAACCCUUUUUGGUGGACUAGUCAGCGCCAUGACGGAAAAUUGUGGAACCUGAACGCUUACCGAACCGAUGUUAUUCAGGCCCUCGGUGGCGUGGAGACAAUUCUUGAGCACACGCUCUUUAAAGCAACCGGUUUUCCAUCUUGGGAGGGCUUGUUUUGGGAAAAAGCUAGCGGGUUUGAAGAGUCGAUGAAAUUCAAGAAGCUUACGAAUGCGCAGAGGUCCGGUUUGAAUCAAAUCCCGAAUCGUCGGUUCACUCUGUGGUGGUCACCAACCAUAAACCGAGCCAACGUAUACGUGGGUUUCCAGGUUCAACUGGAUCUUACGGGAAUUUUCUUGCACGGAAAGAUUCCUACUCUCAAAAUUUCGCUCAUCCAGAUCUUCCGAGCGCAUUUGUGGCAAAAGAUUCACGAGUCUGUUGUGAUGGAUCUUUGCCAGGUUUUCGACCAGGAACUGGAGUCACUUGGCAUCGAGACUGUCCAAAAGGAAACCAUCCACCCGCGAAAGUCUUACAAGAUGAACAGCUCCUGUGCCGAUAUCCUGCUCUUUGCUAGUCAUAAGUGGAACGUCACCCGACCGUCGCUCCUCUACGAUACCAAGGACGUCAUUGAACCCACCACCACCAACAAAUUCUGGGUCGACGUGCAGCUCCGAUAUGGUGACUACGACUCUCACGACAUUGAGCGAUACACUCGUGCCAAGUACCUUGAUUACACUACCGACAGCGCCAGUAUCUAUCCCUCUGCUACCGGUCUCAUGAUUGGAAUCGAUCUUGCGUACAACCUUUACUCUGCCUACGGCAUGUACUUCCCUGGCUUGAAGGUGCUGGUUCAGCAGGCCAUGGCCAAGGUCAUGAAGGCCAACCCGGCUCUGUACGUUCUGCGUGAGCGUAUCCGCAAGGGUCUGCAGCUCUACGCUUCAGAGAGCAACCAAGAGUUCCUGAACUCCCAGAACUACUCUGAACUUUUCAGCAACCAGACUCAGCUGUUCAUCGAUGACACCAACGUCUACCGUGUCACCAUUCACAAGACGUUCGAGGGUAACUUGACGACCAAGCCCAUCAACGGUGCCAUCUUUAUUUUCAACCCUCGUACUGGUCAGCUCUUUUUGAAGAUCAUCCACACUAGCGUCUGGGCCGGACAGAAGCGUCUUGGCCAGUUGGCCAAGUGGAAGACUGCCGAAGAAGUUGCCGCCCUGAUUCGUUCACUUCCCGUUGAAGAGCAGCCGAAGCAGCUUAUCGUUACUCGAAAGGGUCUUUUGGAUCCUCUUGAGGUCCAUUUGCUGGAUUUCCCCAACAUCUCCAUUCGUGCCUCCGAGUUGCAGCUUCCUUUCCAGGCUGCUAUGAAGGUCGAGAAGCUAGGAGACAUGAUUCUGCGUGCUACUGAGCCUCAGAUGGUGCUCUUCAACCUGUAUGAUGAGUGGCUCAAGAGCAUCUCAUCCUACACUGCCUUCUCUCGUCUCGUACUGAUCCUCCGUGCUUUGCAUGUCAACCCCGACAAGACCAAGUUGAUCCUCCGACCCGACAAGACUGUCAUCACCCACGACCAUCACAUCUGGCCUUCGCUGUCCGACGAGGAGUGGAUCAAGGUUGAAACGCAGCUCCGAGAUCUCAUCCUGAAUGACUACGGAAAGAAGAAUAACGUCAACGUGUCUAGUCUGACGAGCAGUGAAGUACGAGACAUCAUCUUGGGUAUGGAGAUCUCAGCACCGUCCAUGCAGCGACAGCAGGCCGCCGAGAUCGAGAAGCAGCAGCAAGAGCAACAGCAAUUGACUGCCGUGACCACCAAGACUCAGAAUGUGCACGGUGAGGAGAUUAUCGUGACUACGACCUCGCAGUUUGAACAACAGACGUUUGCGUCCAAGACGGAAUGGCGGACACGUGCCAUUGCCACAUCAAACUUGCGGACCAGGGCCAAGAAUAUCUAUGUCUCGUCUGUCGACAACGACGUCGACGACAUUACCUAUGUCAUGCCCAACAACAUCCUCAAGCGCUUCAUCACCAUUGCGGAUCUGAGGGUGCAAGUGGCUGGUUACCUGUAUGGCUCUUCGGCGCCUGACAACGACCAAAUCAAGGAGAUUAAGUGUAUCGUCAUGGCCCCACAGAUCGGUGGUCUGCGCAACGUGCAGCUUCAGCAACAGCUUCCGCAGAGCGAGUACCUCGAGGGCAUGGAACCCCUUGGUGUGAUCCACACCAUGUCUGGCAAUGAGCUGCCGUACAUGUCGGCCAUGGACGUCACGGAGCACUCAAAGCUUCUGGAUUCACACUCUGAGUGGGACAAGACCAACACGGCGACUCUGUCCGUCUCGUUCACUCCCGGUAGCGUGUCACUGUCCGCCUGGGGCCUCACGCCUGCGGGCUACAAGUGGGGAGCCGAAAACAAGGACACGCAAAGCGACCAGCCGCAGGGGUUUACGACGACGAUGGGCGAGAAGCGCAAACUUCUGCUGAGCCUCAGAUUCAGGGGUUUCUUCCUGGUCCCGGCUGAUGGCAAGUGGAACUACAGUUUCAUGGGAACCGCCUUCGCCGGCAUGGAGAAGAAAUCGGUACCCGUCAAGCUGGACACACCGCUCCCCUUUUACAGCGACCAGCACCGACCGGUCCACUUCCACAGCUUCGCUGAGCUGGAAGACAUUUGGGUGGAUCGAUCGGACAAUUUUGCCUAAACGUCUUUCGGAAACAGACGCAUCGGGCAAGAGAUGGGCAUGAGCAUGAUGGAGGAUGGCACCGGCAAGGGACAUUGGACCGGACAUCGGAUACGGCGGGCGCGAUACGAAGGAGGACAUGGAUGGAUGAGCAUCAUGCGAAAAGCACAGACAGGAGGAGAAGAAACGACGGAUCAGACUAAGACGUGAAGCUGCGGCAAUCUGAUCUGGGCUGACGGCGGGACGGGAUGCGACGAGAUGCGACAUGUUUUGACUGGGCCGCACAGGGGUGUGGUUGAGGCUUGGCUUGUCGGAGGGGUCAGCACCCGCAAGCGAAGCGUCGGAGGUGUGCGCGUGGUUUAUGCGGGGGGGAGGCGUUCUUCCAUUUGUUGUAGAAGCUGGGAGCCAACUGUUGUAAUUGAUUAAGCUACCUACGUGGGAUACAUGGUAUACGGGUCGAUAUUGUAAAGAUAGGAAGAAAAAAAAAGGCAUUUACCGAACAAUUGA